CAAGCCUCGGAUUUCGGAACACGGGGCGGUCUGAUAAAAUGGCGAACUUGUCGCACAGGUCACGCCAAGAAAAAUUCUUGAGCCUUGCCGAGUCCGUCACGCCCUGGAUUUGUAUGCCCCACACCAGGAGCUGCAAGGAUCGGAGUGCCGCAAUCCCUCAUGCACCAAAAUCGCUCCCCACAGAACGGUGGAUCCUAGAGUAGUGUAUGUAUGGUGCCUGGUGGAUCAUGCUGGCUGCAACUCUUCGUGAUGUUGUCGUCGGCCAUUUGCUGCUCGUUUCGGGACGACUGCCGCGCAAGAGGAGUCUCAAUUUUACCAACUCCCACUGCACUCUUUCCAGGAGGGCGCUGGGGUCCGCCUGGCGGUUGCGCUCGGACAUUACAGUCUUCUUUCAACCAAUACGCGUACUCCGAGCUGGGACGGAUAUAACGUUACAUGCUUAUUACCUCCGCUGUGUAUGUACAAUACGUAUCGCACUCGCCGUGAGACAUCCUUUAAGACGGGUGUUGAUGUUUCCUCACAUGGAGUUGACCGAAGCACUCAUUCUCACAUGGCCAAGAGCGGCCCCGAACCCCAUGUUUUCUGUUUCCCCGCAUCUCCUCACAUUUGAUCGCUUCAAGAGACAGGGCGAGGCGAAAACGAGCAGAAGACGAAGGCGAAGAUCGCCCUCGCCCGCAUGCCUGGGCGUGGGGGCCAAUCACCGACAACCCAACUUGUAUUAGCUUCGACGCGGGUGAGCAGCGAACGGAAAUGGACCAGGCUCUCACAGCACUGUACAGACACAGUAUGUACACUUUACGCUCAGCCAGUUCAAUGUUGGCGAAAGAAAUCUCUCACACGGGAUCGAACGGGUAUUGAUGGAUACCGGAAUAUCACGCAGUGGGUCAGG